CAACAAACACGUGUGCUGUUUGCCACCCCUUCAGCACGCAACUGGACAGGCAUACUCUGCCUGCUUCUGUGUUUUACACUUUUUGGGUGUUCGUUGUUGUACAAUUCGACAAUGGGUGGAUUACAAAAGAAAAAGUAUGAGAGUGGGUCGGCCACCAAUUACAUCACCAGAAACAAAGCCCGCAAGAAGUUGCAGCUCAGCUUGGCCGAUUUCAGGCGUUUGUGCAUUUUGAAAGGAAUCUAUCCCCACGAACCAAAACACAAGAAGAAGGUGAACAAGGGGUCCACAGCCCCGCGCACCUUCUACCUCCUCAAGGACAUCCGCUUCCUCCUUCAUGAGCCCAUUGUGGGAAAAUUCAGAGAGUAUAAGGUGUUCGUGAGGAAGCUUCGCAAAGCAUAUGCCAAAGCAGAAUGGACAGCUGUGGGCACACUGAAGGACAACAAACCCAAAUACAAAUUGGACCACAUUGUGAAAGAGAGGUACCCCACGUUCAUCGAUGCGGUGCGUGACCUAGACGACUCCCUGUGCAUGUGUUUCCUGUUCUCCACGUUCGCCCGUACGGGAAAGUGCCACGUGCAGACCAUACAGCUGUGCCGCCGCCUGACCGUGGAGUGGAUGAACUACGUGGUCACCUCGCGCGCUCUCAAGAAGGUGUUCCUGUCCAUCAAGGGGAUUUACUACCAGGCGGAGGUGCUGGGACAGACCGUCACCUGGCUGGUGCCCUAUCAGUUUGCCCACGAUCAUCCUACAGAUGUGGACUACAGAGUGAUGGCCACCUUCACAGAGCUCUACACAACCCUCUUGGGUUUCGUCAACUAUCGCCUGUACCAGACUCUCAACCUCAUAUACCCGCCCAAGUUGGACAGCAAAGCUGAAGUCAGUUUAAAAGCGGAGCAUGAGGGAGAAUAUGCCAUGGACUCAGAAAGCUACCUUGAGAAACUCUCUGCUCUGAGUGCCAGCCUGGCUCGAGUCGUCAGCUCAGCAGAGGAGGAGGAAGCGGAGGUCGAUCACUUCCCUGCUGACGGGGAGGAUGCUGCGGACAUGGAGGCCCGUGAGAGAGAGCAGAUGGAGCAGGAUGCCCACAAGCGUCUCUUCGAGGGCCUCAAGUUCUACCUCAACAGGGAGGUGCCGCGGGAGUCUCUGGCCUUUGUCAUCAGAUGUUUUGGUGGCCAGGUGUCGUGGGACAAGUCAGUCAGUAUCGGUGGCACCUAUGACGUCACAGACGAGACCAUUACGCACCACAUUGUGGACAGACCCAGCGUAGACAAGCAAUAUGUCAACAGGUACUACAUCCAGCCCCAGUGGGUGUACGACUGCAUCAAUGGGAAGAUCAAGCUGCCGGUGGAGGACUACUUCCUGGGGGUCAGCCUGCCGCCUCACCUGUCCCCCUUCGUGGAGGAGAAGGAGGGCGACUACGUACCCCCAGAGAAGCUGAGGCUCAUGGCUCUACAGCGUGGCGAGAAGCCAGAGGCUGCCGAGGAGGAGGAAGAAGAGGAUGAUGAAGACGAUGACGAAGAGGAGGAUGAGGAAGAGGAAGAUAUGGAUGAAGAGGAAGCCGAGGAGGAGAGCAACCUGAAGAAGAUUGAGCAUCAACGAGGACAGGGCAAGGUGCCCUCUGCCAAGGUGACCCCUGGCACGAUGAAACGGGAGGACAAGAAGCGCACGGAGCAGGAGGAGCAGGCGGAGGAGAAGCGGCUGGCCAUCAUGAUGAUGAAGAAGAGGGAGAAGUACCUCUACGACAAGAUCAUGUUCGGCAAGAAGAGGAAAGUCAGAGAGGCCAACAAACUGACUGCCAAGAGGAAGGCUCACGACGAUGAGGCCAAAGCAGGCAAGAAGAAGAAAAAGAAGGCAACGCAGUGAGAAUUCACUUUCGAGUCUCCAAGGACUGGUUUUAUAUUCGCAUCUAACAACGAUUACUUCUAUUUAGAAGUGCAAUUGCUAGACUUCUCAAUAUGUCACCAAUUAAUUAUAUUAUGAGAAUGUGAGAGAACUGUUGUCUAUCAUCAUGUCUGAUUCAAAUCUGAUGAACCUUUACUCUCUGAUCGCAUUGUAUGACUGUGUCUGUAUUCCAGAGCAAUCUAUAUACGUAGGUUGGGUUUUUUUCUGUGGAAUUUUGGGCUGUGUAUCAUUGACAACAUUGUGGUUUAAGCAUUUUGUAUAAUAAAAUAAUAGUAAUUAAAGGUCAAUAAUCUUUUCAACUUCGAACUUCA